AUGGCUCAGCCCUCAGUAAGACAGCACAACGUGACCAGGUCACGCAUCGCUCGACCCGGGGGAAUCCCGGCUUCCCGUAGCGGCGACCGCAUCCACCUCACAGAGGCUGCCUCUUCCAGCCACCUCGCAAAAGCCAAAGGGCCAAAACAGAUCGGCGUCGUUGCCGCUGCUGCAGGUGGCAAGCUUCGAGCCGACUCUUCGAAAGCCAUGCCACAGCGUGCUGCCCUCUCCGACGUCAGCAACCGUGUUGGCGCCGUCCGAGGCAAUGCUAACGUCGAUGGCGCCGUCAAGCUGGCGCCCGGCCAGCAAGGCCUGCGUGUCCAGCACACCAAAAGCAUGACUCGUCUCCGCGAUGCGCGAUCCCGAUCCACAACAGAGGAAAGGCUUCCAGGGCCCACCCGAUCGCUCUCGGAGCAGCACGAUCUCGCAUCCGGCGGCGUACAGUCCAUGGAGGUGGAAGCGCCUCGACUGCUCCCUCCCUUCCAGAGCUCCGCCUCGAUCAAAGCAGGCAUCCAGAACGGCGCAAGCAGCAGCAAGUUGCAAGAGGAUGCCGAGAUCGAAGAUCUCGCCGCUGCGCACGACGAUGAUGUCGACGAGGACGACAUGUCGGAUGUCCACUCGACCACGGACAGCGAUGACGAUACGGGAGAAGAUGUCGAUGUUGACCACGGAAGCUGGCUCGAGUCCGAGAGGCUCGACGCUGGGGCAAGACCCGAGAGCGUCACCUCGGCAGAAGACGGUGACCUGCUCGACUUCAACAUCGACCCGGAAGGUCUCGUCUCAUUGCAUCCGGAGCUGGAAGAAGCGGCGCGACGCAAAGUGGCCUUGAUCAAGUCCCGAUACCAGGAGGAAGUCAUUGCGCCUCGCGCCGCACGCGCGCAGCUGCAACGAGCCGAACAGGUGGCCCUUGGUCAGCUCACUGCCGACCUCGCCGCACACGAGGAUGAACUGAUCGCCAUGGGCCUCGACCCGGAAGAGGUGCGCGACACCAGCAUGGUCGCAGAGUACGCCACCGAGAUUUUUGGCUACAUGGCGCGAUGCGAGCGAGAGACCAUGGCAAACCCCAACUAUAUGGAGUUCCAGAGCGAGAUCCACUGGCACAUGCGCGCGACGCUCGUCGACUGGCUGCUGCAGGUCCACAUGCGCUACCACAUGCUACCGGAGACGCUCUGGAUCGCCAUCAACAUUGUCGACCGCUUCCUCAGCGUCCGUGUCGUCAGCCUCGCCAAGCUGCAGCUCGUCGGUGUCACCGCCAUGUUCAUCGCCGCCAAGUACGAGGAGAUUCUCGCUCCUAGCGUCAAGGAGUUCGUCUACAUGACCGAAGGCGGCUACUCGCAGGAAGAGAUCCUCAAGGGCGAGCGCAUCAUCCUCUCGACGCUCGACUUUAACGUCUCGUCCUACUGCUCGCCCUACUCGUGGGUGCGAAAGAUCUCCAAGGCGGACGACUACGACAUCCGCACGCGCACGCUGUCCAAGUUCCUGAUGGAGCUCGCGUUGCUCGACCACCGCUUCCUGCGUGCUCGCCCUAGCCUGAUCGCGGCUGUUGGCAUGUUCUUGGCCAAGAAGAUGCUCGGAGGCGAGUGGGACGAUGCCUUUGUCUACUACUCUGACUUCACCGAGGAGCAGCUGGUGCCUGGCGCGAACCUGUUGCUGGAGCGCUUGCUGGACCCCGGCUUCGAGGAGCAGUUCGUCUACCGCAAGUACGCCAACAAGAAGUUCCUCAAGGCGAGUGUCUUUGCGCGCGACUGGGCCUACCAGAACCACAGCGCACUGCUCGCUGCCGCCGCCGCCGCCGCUGCGGCAGCUCAGUCCCAGUAG